CCUGCUGGAUUUUGAACCUGCGGCACUAGGGAUUCUGGCUAUUUCAAACGUGAAGCUAAGGGCACCAAGCCAUCCUGUCCAGCAGCUCAUGUUAAUUUAUUUAGCCCAGAUCCCUGUAUCUGCUUUGCUUCCAGGGGAGCUGGUGAAAGAAAAGAAGAAAAGGGAGGUGCCUAAUCCCCAUUGGCUCUGGAUGGAUUGGAAUGGGGAAGUCAGCCUGCAGUACGAGCCCACAGCAACUGGAAAGCACCUGCUUCAUCCUCAGAGCACUCUUCCUUCUCCUCUUCUGCAGGCAUGCUUGCUGCCAGUGUAAGAUCCUGCGCUGCAAUGCCGACUACGUGGCUGCCACCCUCAACCUGCGCGGCUCCAACAAGGACGCGGCUUACUGCAACGCCCUACGCUCCUACUCCCACUGCACCCGCAAGACGGCCCGGACCUGCCGGGGCGACCUGGUCUACCACUCUGCCGUCCACGGCAUCGAGGACCUCAUGAUCCAGCACAACUGCUCCAAGGAAGGCCCCACCUCGCCGCCCCGGCCCCGCCCACCAGCACCCAACCACCAGGGCUUUGAGUCCCUGGACAUCUGCAACUACGAGAAGAGCUUCCUCUACAAGCAUGGCCAGUCCCCCACCUACCAGCACUGCGCAGCCUUCGGGGACCCCCACGUCCGCACUUUCCAGGAUGAGUUCCACACCUGCCGCGUGGAGGGCUCCUGGCCUCUCCUGGACAAUAACUACUUGUUUGUGCAGGCAACUAGCUACCUCGUGGCAAAGAGUUCCAACGCGACUGCCACCGGCAAGCUCACGAUCAUAUUUAAGAACAUGAAGGAAUGCAUCGACCAGAAGGUCUACCAGGCCGAAAUAGACAACCUGCCGGCUGCCUUCGAGGAUGGCUCGGUGAAUGGUGGCGAGAGGCCAGGGGGGAGCAGCCUGACCAUCCAGGAACGUGCGCCCGGGCAGCACGUGGAGAUCCGGGCUGCCUACAUCGGCACCACCAUCGCCGUGCGCCAGGCGGGCCGGCAGCUAUCCUUCUCCAUCCGGGCAGCCGAGGAGGUGACACGGUCCUUCACCGAAGAACAGGACCUGCAACUCUGUGUGGGCGGCUGCCCGCCCAGCCAGCGCAUCUCCCGCAGUGAGUGUCGCCACACCGGGAUUGCCACGGAGACGGCGCGACUGCUGUGCAAGGAGAAGCUGCCGGUGGAGGACGUCUACUUCCAGUCGUGCGUCUUUGAUGUGGUAACCUCGGGCGAUGCCAAUUUCACCCUGGCCGCACAUGGUGCUCUGGAGGACGCAAAGAUGUUCCACCCAGACGCUGAGAAACUGCACAUCUUCCAGACUGGGGCGGGCUGCUGUCUCAUCUCCUUACCCUUCCUCCUUGGCAUCGUCACCUCUAACCUCUUGGCUAUUCAGUUGCGCUUUUAACACUCCUUGUCCAUCAGGUACCAGGUACUGUAGCUGCUCUGUGACAUACAGACUGGAGUGAGGUGGACAUCAGCUGAAAGGAAACGGUGCCCUAUCUAGAAUCUGCUAUUAUGGGGGUGGAACCAAACUGGCAAAAGGCCCUGGUCUUAGAGAAAAGGCCUGGAAAUAGCAUCUCAUGCUUCCCAUUCUCCAACACGCUGAGGACUGGAUUAGUUGAGUUUUGUUCUGCUCCUGAGCGUUAAUGGAAUUUUCCCAUCGUGGGUUCUGAUUUGUAUUUUUUUUUUUUAAAUAAAAGUGGGGAAUCUGUUGCCACAUGGGAAAAAGCCAUGCAGGGACUUAACUUCUAUUGUCUCGCUUUUUUUCUGAUCACGUGUCUGAAACCCGGAGCGUGGAUCCUCUGAGCUUCUGCAGCGCUUCUGCCAAGCUAGUUGUAGCACACAAGAUAGGUAAUUUGCAGGACCCCUUCUUGCUUUUUCUCUACCCAGCAUGCACUUCAGUUCCAACAUACUUGUAAACAGACUCUUGCUCAGGAACCUGCUAGAGUUAGAAAUGAUGGAAUCCAGGCUGGGGUCAAAGCUUUUGGAUGGCAAAACUUGUUGAUUUGUAGCUUCAGACAUUCUUGUGAGAGCUGCUGUGGAACCACGUUGGAAUGAAGUAGAAAGCAGUAAGAUGGUAACCAGAAUGUCUUGUUCAAGGUUUGAGAUUCCUUGAACCACUUGAGCUAGGAACAAAUAUUUUUCUCUUGUAUUCUCAUUGUUUAGACUAUUGGUAUAAUGCUAACUUGCCAGCUGUCUGCAAAAUGUCAAAUCUCUGAAGUUUCACUUUAAAAUUGUCAUCUCAGCAUUGCAAUUUCUCUCUUUUUGGCACUAAUCUAGGACUGAAUAUAGCAAGUCCCAGACUUUGGACCAGUGUUGAGUUUCAACAAUACAGUAUAGAGAAAAAUCCAUCUAAUUUUCCCCUUUUUUAGCCCAAGCUUGAUCUGUUAUUCUGUCUCCCAUAGCCCCACAAAAACCCAACCAAAGCCACUGGCUUGAUUUCAAGAGUAAGAUUAGUAAUGUGAUAAACCCCAGAAGCAGCAAAGGCCAACGCUAUCAGAUUGCAUCACUGACUAGGUAAAAUAUUAAGGAAUGUACAUAAAUAUUGCCGUGAGACUGAAGUUAAAUGUUUAAUAUAUUUGAGGUUUUAAGAGACGUGUAUAGAGUUCUAUUUGUUAACAAAUAUUUUCCAUAUACAAAGACUUUAAAAAAAAAAAAAAGGAUUCAUCUGCUAAACAACUUUGCAAUUCUUGUCCUGCUGAACUGUGAGAGGAAUCACAGAGCUUUGAUCCUACAAAGAUGGCAUUCGUAGAAGAGAACAGUCUUUGGGGGAAGGCUGGUAGGAUUUGCAAACAUUGUUGCAUGAAA